CCCCGGCUCUGUGUGGCGGUGAGGGUUCCCCUCCUUCUCCUCGCUGCCCCGGCGGAGCCCGCCCUCCCUCCUUCCCGCGCCGCGCUGAGGUACCGGCCCGCCCGCCACGGAAACCCGUCGCCCUUACCGAAUUUCUCUACAUCAGCGUGAACCCAAAGCUUUUCUAAUAGGCAAGAGAAAAGUGGAGGGGGCAGAGUGGAAAGCCAGGCCUGAAAGCAUAAACAGGAACGUGUCUGUGAACCUCAGGAACUCAACCUCUCGUCGGCUUUGUAACCACAAGUUUGGAGUUGUUUUCUUCUUUACAUUCUGACUUGCUUGUGGAGAAUCUUCUUGCACAUGACAAGAAUCCAAUGCCACUGUGCCCUGGGGAAAAAAGAAAAACCCACAGCACUAGCAGGUAGAAAAAUAGAGGAUUGCACGUUCUUCACUCGGAAAGAAAUCCUUCGGUUGCAUGGCCGGUACCAUGAAAUGGCACCAAACGUUGUGCCCAUGGACUAUACAAAGGACCCAGAUGUUAAACUACCUAUGCAGCUUAUAAUAAACAUGCCUGAGCUGAAGGAGAAUCCCUUCAAGGAAAGGAUUGUGGAAUCUUUCUCAGAAGAUGGAGAGGGGAGCCUCAGCUUCAAUGAUUUUGUGGACAUGUUCUCUGUGCUCAGUGAAAUGGCUCCCAGAGAGCUUAAAGCAAUCUAUGCCUUUAAGAUCUACGAUUUUAACACAGAUAACUUCAUUUGCAAAUCAGACUUGGAGCAAACCCUCAAUAAGCUGACCCGAGAAGAGCUAACAGCAGAAGAAAUCACUCUAGUUUGUGAGAAAGUGAUAGAAGAAGCUGACAUGGAUGGCGAUGGGAAGCUGGGGUUUGCAGAUUUUGAAAACAUGAUUUCCAAAGCACCAGACUUUCUCAGUACUUUCCACAUAAGAAUCUGAAGAUGUUUCUGUGAGCCAGUGUAAUCAGAAAUGACUUGCCAGUCCAGCCUUUCUGAAUCUCAGGCACUUUGGGGGAUUUUGUCCUCUAAUUAUGGCUUCUUAGAACUCGGCAGAAAGUACGGAAAUAAUUCUCAUCCACAAAGAGAAAGCAGCAUCAUGUGAUCUACAGGAUAUUUGGAACAGUCAUGUUUUUAUCUUCACUGCUGGCCAAGCACUCUGGCAAAGGUGGUUGGUUGUUGGGUUGUGGGUUUUCUUUUUUUUAAUUUUCUUUUAAUUUUUUUCUCUCUCUUUUUAAACAGGUAGAAUCAGAAUAUUAUUAAAGGUAUUUCCACAUAGUUUUUAUAUUUAUGAAUAUUUAAUACUGCUCUUAAAAGCGCAAAAAAAAAA